UUACAGUCGUACAAAUGUCUGGCGGUAUUGCCGCAGGUCGUUUAGCCGAGGAACGGAAAGCCUGGAGGAAAAAUCAUCCAUUUGGAUUUAUCGCAAAACCUUCGUCGAAUCCUGAUGGCACGAGGAAUCUCUUCAACUGGGAGUGUGCUAUUCCUGGCAAGAAAGGAACCAUAUGGGAAGGCGGUCUAUACAAGAUUAGGAUGCAGUUUAAGGAUGAUUACCCCUCUACACCACCAAAGUGCAAAUUCGAUCCUCCUUUAUUUCAUCCGAAUGUGUAUCCUUCAGGAACUGUUUGUUUGUCGCUAUUAGACGAGAAUAAGGACUGGAAACCAUCUGUAAGUGUACGACAACUCCUGAUUGGUAUUCAGGACCUUCUAACGAACCCUAAUGUUGAAGAUCCCGCUCAAGCCGAUGCAUACCAAAUUUAUUGUCAAAAUAGAGUUGAGUACGAAAAAAGAGUUCGACGUCAGGCACAACAAUUUGCUGCUGAAGUUGUCCAGAGGCAAAUGUUAGAUAACUAAUGGAGGAAAGCAUGAUGUUCACAUUAACAAAGUUCUGUUCAUGCACAGGAUCGAUCUCGAUAUUGGCUAAAAUAAUUAGGCGUUAUUUUGCUUCAUGGUGGCGAAAAAAGAACUUUUUGGACUGGUUGUAUCUAAAACUAAAAACUUAGAAAGCCAAAAAAGUAUUUUGACGCAAUUUUUAACUUCUGGACUAGAAAUUAUAGCCUAACACUAUGAGAAGAUUGGAGUAAUGUUUAUGAUAUAAUAUUCGCUGCUAUUAGCUUUGUCACAGAGAAAGCAGAAUUUUGAGUUGAGUUCUGCUUCGAAGACUGUCGGUUGAAAUUAUUCAGUUUGUCAGGUAAGAAAAGUAGCUUCUAUGUGUUAUUCAGGUAGCAAAGGAUGAUGUUCAUGAAUCAGAUAUUGUUACUAUUAGGGAUAUUGAUAUUUAAACCAAUUGUAGGAUUCCAUCAUGAAAAAUUUAAGAAGUAAGGAUAGGUUUCCUUUAUUCUUUGUUGAAAGUAUGACCUAAAUGCCGAUUUCAUCGUUAGUUUGGAAAAAAUUUUCUUGGCCACUCUGGGAUGAACAAUCUAAUAUUUUAUGGUAUUAAAAUUGGUUGUCACAUUUCACAGUGUUUAAUAUGGGCAAUUAUUUUAUUUGUAAAUACCAAGCAACGUGCAUGAGCAUUGUG